AUGGCGGAUUUCCUGGUAGAAGUGACGGGAGAACCAACCGAAGAAACGGACACACGGUGGAGGCUCCAUGUGGACGGGGCCUCCAACCAGACGUCCGGGGGCGCCGGGAUCAUCCUAGAGAGCCCGGUCGGGGUCGUGUACGAACAGUCGAUCAAGUUUGAAUUCCCCGUUUCGAACAACCAAGCGGAGUACGAAGCCCUUAUAGGAGGCUUAACCCUAGCGACGGAGGUCGGGGCAACAAGGUUGGAGGUAUGCAGCGAUUCACAGGUCGUCACCUCCCAAGUAAACGGGAGCUACCAAGCCAGGGACUCGCUACUACAAAAGUACUUGGAGAAAGUCAAGGAUUUGAGCCGAAAGUUUGAGGAAGUCACGAUUCACCACGUUCCGAGAGAAAGGAAUACACGGGCAGACCUCCUAUCGAAAUUGGCUAGCACAAAACCGGGAGAAGGCAACCGAUCUCUAAUCUAA